UUUUUUUUUCCCUUUUUUUUCUUUUUUUCCUUCAUUUUUUUAAAAAAGAAAAAAAAAAGAAAAAGAAAAUAAAAGGAAGAUAAAGUGUGCUGGCUAUAGGGAUUUGCCUCAUACUUUUAUCUCAUCUUGUAUAGAAGCUCUUUUUUUUUUUUUGGAACCAACAUGAAUGCACAUUCUCAACCUGGUGUCAUACAACAUCAUCCUUCCAACAAUGACACCCGCAGCAAUGAUACUUUGUCUUCUACGUUUUCCUUAGCUCCUGAAGAUACCUUUCAAUUCCUCACAACUCCCUCAACUGACUAUAUGACACACAUCAACUCUAAUUUUAUCUCACCUACCAAUGGUCAAAGUUGGUAUCAACCACCGAAACAGCAACAACCACAACCACAACAACAACAACAGCAGCAGCAGCAGCAGCAGCAGCAGCAACAACAACAACAACAACAACAACAAUCAAAUGGAAUCAAUCAAUCAACUGGUCAAGCAAAUAGCCAUGCACAACAUACUUUGAACAUGAUUCAGCAUCAUUAUGAUAUGGCCAUUGCUGCAUCCAUGGGUUCUCCAUCAUCGUCUUCACCAUUAACUUCCAAUAGCGUUCGACAGCAUUCACCUCUUUCUUUAGGGGCAACUCCUACAGCAGCGACUUCAGCCAAUUCAACGCCAGUAUUAUCUCAAGGAGCCAUCAGUCCUCAAGGAUCACCAAGUUCAGCUCAGCAAUUAUCGGAUACUAGGAUACAUUCAUCUACGGAUAUACGCCAUAAGGAUCAAAAUAUGGCAUCGUCCACCCUUGUAGAAGCCAUUGCAAACAACAAUCAUAAGCAUGACACAAUCUAUUUAUCAACUGGCCUGGGCAUCGUGGGCUCACCGCUUGACAACAAUCACAAUCAACAACAAUUUCAUCAACUUCAACAGUCAUUUCAACAACGUGAAUCUAAUACUUCUGAAUGGAAACAAGAUGGUCAACCAAUGAACGUGGAAGGAACUGGGAUUGUGGCAUCUCAUCAAAGUGAACCUCAACAUCUAGAUCUGUCAUCUCCACAGCAACAACAAGAAAAAACUAUUCAACCUGCUGAUCAUGACACAAAUCGAUCAAUAUCUCCCAUUACUCAUGAAAGUCAACAGAGUACAAAACGUGCAAAUUCAGAUCAAGACUUGGAAAAGGAUCGAUCAAUAAAAAAGGCCAAUCAUAGUACGACAUCUCAACAGCAAUCUCAUUCUGGUGAAAAGGAGACACCCAGUCGUCCUCUUUUUACAGAAAAAUCUUUUGAAGGAAUGACAAGAGAACAACUGAUAGAACGAUUAAUAUUUCUGGAAAACGAACGUUUAUUACAACAACAACAACAAGACGAACAAAAAUCAUCAAAUGACAGAAACCAAAACAAAUCAACAAACAAUCAUCUUACUGGGGACCAUGAAUCUCAUAACAAGGAGAACAGCAAUAAUGACGACGAUGAUGAUGAUGACGAAGAAAUUUCGAGCGUUGCAAGUGGUAAUGACAAUACCAGUAGCGACAAAUCUGAAUUACAAUGCUUAUGGAAAGGCUGUGGUGAAAUCUAUAUUGGUAUACGGAAUCUUACUGAUCAUAUGGUCAAUGAACAUGUUGGAAGUGGAAAGCCUACUUAUAGAUGCGAAUGGGAAAGUUGUCGACGAAGUCAUAAACCAUUUACCAAACGACACAAAUUUUGUAAUCACCUUCGAACUCAUACUGGUGAACGACCUUUUGUAUGUGACAAACCAGGAUGUGAAAAACGAUUUUCUCGAUUGGAUUCUCUUACAACUCAUGUCAAAACCCAUUGCACGGUCAGAUCCUUUGUGUGUCAUAUUCCUGGAUGCGAAAAAGCUUAUUAUCACGCGCGAUCAUUGAAGAAACAUCUCAAGUUACACGAGGAUGAAAAAACCAACAACACACAAGAAGGAUCUACCAGGGAAAUGAAUACAAACAUGGCUGUCAACCUACCACCACAAUUUAAUGUUUCACCAUCAUCAAAUCAACCACCUAUACCUCCACAAUAUCCAUUUCAAGAUCAAAUGGCAUUAUUACAAUCCAAUGCCGCUACUUCUUCUGUGGAUGCAGCUUUACUUGAUCCAUCCCACUUGUUGUUUGAUCCAUUGGCUUUCCAAAAUGUGGCUCAAAUACAACCAACUUCUUCUCAACCACAACCUCCUGUCACAAAUAAUACUCUUCCUAUGGUGGCUCCUAAUAUGAUCAAUCAACCUAUGAUGACUGUUCAUCAACAACAACAACAAUAUGGUCAACCCAUUCUCCCUCAAGAAGGAUUUAGUUUAUAGUGAAUACUUAUAACGUAUACUUUUUAGUUUUAGAAACAAACUGAUAGAAUGAGAC